CCUAUCGUCCCCACACCCACCCGUCUCCCUCAUGUAAACAUCUCCCUCCAGUUGAGUAAUAUUAAUUCAUCUACGCAGUUCUGUUUCAGGCAAGCCAGGUCUGUAACCAUUUCACUACUUUCUAUGCUAUACAUGUACAGUAUCCAUCUGUUAAAUAUGCUACAGUUCAAUCAUUUGUGCAUUUGUAACGAACAGGUUAGGUUCUCUUAUUAACAAAUGUACAUUAUUAUGUUUACAUAUAUCACAGACAGUAAUACAAGUAUAUUUGAAAGUGACCAUAUUAUCUAUGUCAUAGGUUCUAUGCAAUUUGAGUUAUGUUUUUUGUUGAUGUUGAACUGUUUGAUGAAUAUUGCAGUUCCCUUCAGACGAAUACCAUACGUUAUAUUAUCUGACAUGUGUUAGUUUUGAGUUAUAGGUUCAGACCUAGUAUUCAAUCUCAACCUUAUUAUAUGUGUUUUCAAAACACUGAAAGGUUAGGCUAUCUUGGUUUGAUGAGGCACAUAGCGUCCAACUGACUACACCUUAAAAUCAGAUGGUUGUCACAUGUAGACAAGAUAAGUUCUGUGUUUGUUUUCAGAUGGUUGCUAAGUUAUUUUUGUGAGAUUAAUAUCAUAUCAUUACCCUACCUCUUUAAGGAAUACCUGGGAUAGUAUAAAAGUAAUCCUUCUACCCACCCCCCCCCCCCCACCCCACCCCACAAAAAAAAAAAUAUAAAUAAUAAUAAAAUAUUAGAAUAAAAAAGUAAUAAAAUAAAAAUACAAAAAAUAUAUAUACAGUGAGGGAAAAAAGUAUUUUGGGGAUUUUGUCCCACUCCUCUUUGCAGAUCUUCUCCAAGUCAUUAAGGUUUCGAGCCUGACGUUUGGCAACUCGAACCUUCAGCUCCCUCCACAGAUUUUCUAUGGGAUUAAGGUCUGGAGACUGGCUUGGCCACUCAAGGACCUUAAUGUCCUUCUUCUUGAGCCACUCCUUUGUUGCCUUGGCCGUGUGUUUUGGGUCAUUGUCAUGCUGGAAUACCCAUCCACAACCCAUUUUCAAGAGGUUCUCACCCAAGAUUUGACGGUACAUGGCGCUGUCCAUUGUGUGUCCCCUUAGCAGAAAAACACCCCCAAAGCAUAAUGUUUCCACCUCCAUGUUUGACGGUGGGGAUGGUGUUCUUGGGGUCAUAGGCAGCAUUCCUCCUCCUCCAAACACGGCGAGUUGAGUUGAUGCCAAAGAGCUCGAUUUUGGUCUCAUCUGACCACAACACUUUCACCCAAUUCUCCUCUGAAUCAUUCAGAUGUUCAUUGGCAAACUUCAGACGGGCCUGUAUAUGUGCUUUCUUGAGCAGGGGGACCUUGCGGGCGCUGCAGGAUUUCAGUCCUUCACGGCGUAGUGUGUUACCAAUUGUUUUCUUGGUGACUAUGGUCCCAGCUGCCUUGAGAUCAUUGACAACAUCCUCCCGUGUAGUUCUGGGCUGAUUCCUCACCGUUCUCAUGAUCAUUGCAACUCCACGAGGGAGAUUGACAGUUAUUUUGUGUUUCUUCCAUUUGCGAAUAAUCGCAUCAACUGUUGUCACCUUCUCACCAAGCUGCUUGGCGAUGGUCUUGUAGCCCAUUCCAGCCUUGUGUAGGUCUACAAUCUUGUCCCUGACAUCCUUGGAGAGCUCUUUGGUCUUGGCCAUGGUGGAGAGUUUGGAAACUGAUUGAUUGAUUGCUUCUGUGGACAGGUGUCUUUUAUACAGGUAACAAACUGAGAUUAGGAGCACUCCCUUUAAGAGUGGGCUCCUAAUCUCAGCUCGUUACCUGUAUAAAAGACACCUGGGAGCCAGAAAUCUUUCUGAUUGUGAGGGGGUCAAAUACUUAUUUCCCUCAUUAAAAUGCAAAUAAAUGUAUAACAUUUUUGACAUGCGUUUUUCUGGAUUGUUUUGUUGUUAUUCUGUCUCUCACUGUUCAAAUAAACCUACCAUUAAAAUUAUAGACUGAUCAUUUCUUUGUCAGUGGGAAAACGUACAAAAUCAGCAGGGGAUCAAAUACUUUUUUCCCUCACUGUAUAUAUAUAAAACAAAUGAAAAUUAAAAAUAUACUCGAAAAAUUAUAAAUUGAAAAUGUGUAAAGUGGUUGUCCCACUGGCUAUCAUAAGGUGAAUGCACCAAUUUGUAAGUCGCUCUGGAUAAGAGCGUCUGCUAAAUGACGUAAAUGUAAAUGUAAUUAUGAACUUUCUAGACCCCUAUGAUUGGGGCCUGGCCCUUUACAAAAGCAUUUUCAAUUCUGGUUGCUUUAGGUUUGCUUUGCAACUGUUCUUACACUGUUCCCACAUAGUUUAUAGUGUAAUUAAAACCAAACAGAUUUAUGUUAAAUUAUUUUAGUCACAGCUGAUCUUGAUGUCUUUGUAAGGCCCUCUUCUGGUUCUCUGUCAUGGUGUUAUCAGUGCUGUUAUGUCUGCAGUUUGGUCAUUGUCCUUCAACAGAUUAUAAUGUCGAUGAACAUGGCGUCCGACAUCAGUCCAGCAGGGGUGGUAGGAGGGGCAAAUACCACUACGGUGGGAGGAAGUAAACCCCUGCACCGCUUCAUGAGAGGGGAGCCCAAGAGUAUUGGGGUGAGACUGGAAAACAGAGAACUGAUGUAUAUUCAUUGCUGCCAAAUACUCCAAGGAGUCAUUGAAGACAAACAAUGUGAAAAUGUUAUUUUGUGUAAAAUGUUUGUAUUUACCAUUAAUUUAGUGGUAUCACUUUACAUUACAGCACAAAAUAAAGUGGUAAUCGAAUCAAAUCAAAUUGUAUUUGUCACAUUUGUCGAAUACAACCGUACCGUGAAAUGCUUACUUACAAGCUCUUAACCAACAAUGCAGUUUUAAGGAAAUAGAGUUAAGAAAAUAUGUGCUAAAUAAAUUAAAGUAAAAAUUUAAAAAGAAAUAAAGUAACACAAUAAAAUAACUAUAAUGAGGCUAUAUACAGGGGGUACCGGUAUCGAGUCAAAGUGCGGGGGUACAGGUUAAUUGAGGUAAUUUGUACAUGUAGGUAGGGGUAAAGUGACUAUGCAUAGAUAAUAAACAGUGAGUAGCAGCAGGGGGGGGGUAGAAGGGGGUUCAAUGCAAAUAGUCCGGGUGGCCAUUUAAUUAAUUGUUCAGCAAUCUUACGGCUAUGGGGUCGAAGAUGUUAAGGAGCCUUUUGGACCUAGACUUGGCGCUCUGGUACCGCUUGCCGUGCGGUAGCAGAGAGAACAGUCUAUGACUUGGGUGACUGGAGUCUUUGACAAUUUUUUGGGCCUUCCUCUGACACCGCCUAGUAAUAACAUGGUAAUAGCAGGGUAACAUAUGUCACGACAGUAAUCAUAAUAAAAACAUUAUUUUCCCAGAUACCUCUUAAUUGUUGUGUAAAUAUAUGAUUAUUUCGGUGUCUUUGUUCUAUGUCCCUGGUUGGUUAGAUUGUAAUGCUGUUCUUUGUUCUAUGUCACUGGUUGGUUAGAUUGUAAUGCUGUUCUUUGUUCUAUGUCCCUGGUUGGUUAGAUUGUAAUGCUGUUCUUUGUUCUAUGUCCCUGGUUGGUUAGAUUGUAAUGCUGUUCUUUGUUCUAUGUCCCUGGUUGGUUAGAUUGUAAUGCUGUUCAUGGGAUCAUCACUCUUCAUCUUGGGGAUUCCCAUGAGGCUGGAUACAUUGACGUCCUCUGCGGACACUUUCACCGCUUUUUGGCUAGGAAUCCUGGUACGCCUUUCUUCCGUGUGUCUAUAUAAAUCUAUGAUAUUGACAAUCCAAAUGUCAUACCAUAAAUCUAACUUGCAGUAACACAUACCUUUCAAUCUUAAACCCCUAUUUCUAAAUCUUCCAUUCAAUGAUAUCUUUCAGACCUUCUCCCAUGACAGUUUUGGUAUGUUGUUGAACUUAUAAACCCCCUCCCUCUGCUUUGUGACAGUUCAUCAUCCCUGGGUUGUUAUAUGUGCUCGCAGAGAAUAAUCCUUCAAAACAACUGGUGAGUCCCAUGAAUUGGAAUUCCGUGAAAAGGCAUUAUAAAGGAUUAAUUAUGGCACAUUACUGUUCAUAACUAUAUAGCAAACCAUUUUCAUUCUAUAAAAAAAAUAAGCUGAGUGUAGAAAACAUUAGGAACACCUUCCUAAUAUUGAGUUGCACCCCCUUUUGCCCUCAGAACAGCCUCAUUUUGUCAGGGCAUGGACUCUACAAGGUGUCGAAAGCGUUCCACACGGAUGCUGGCCCAUGUUGACUCCAAUGCUUCCCACAGUUGUGUCAAGUUGGCUGGAUGUCCUUUAGGUGGUGGACCAUUCUUGAUACACACAGGAAAUUGUUGAGCGUAAAAAAAACAGCAGCUUUGUAGUUCUUGACACGCUCAACCAUACCCCGUUCAAAGGCACUUAAAUAUUUUGUCUUGCCCGUUCACCCUCUGAAUGGCACACAUACACAAUCCAUGUCUCAAUUGUCUCAUGGCUUAAAAAUAUUUCUUGAACCUAUCUCCUCCCCUUCAUCUACACUGACUGAAGUGGAAUGAACAGGUGAUGUCAACAAGGGAUCAUAGCAUUCACCUGGAUUCACCUGGUCACCUAUGUCAUGGAAAGAGCAGGUGUUCCUAAUGUUUUGUACACUCAAGUGUAGAGUGAGAGUUCAUGCGUGCAUUCCACAGAAAGAGAUCUCUCUUAAGUAACUUUACCAAAGAAAAGCAUAAAUGAAUGUCCUCUCUACAUGGCUUCUACAGUUCCUCCUCCCAUUCUGUUUUUCUUAUUAGUCUUAUUAAAAACCACUGUGCAAAAGGUAAAUAGUGACAAUUUUCAAGAUGGUUCUUCUUUAGGACUGUUCCCAGACCCUGACAACAGUUCAUCACAAUUUGAUUGUCUCUCUGUAUUUCAAUAUGGAAAUGUCAAGUUAAUAAAUGCCUUUUAAAUUAUAUGUUCACCUUCCUCAUGUUAAAGUGCCUUGAAAGAGGCUUUGUCACAAAGUGGUUGCAGUUCUUUCACCACUUUAUUUGUUCUCACCCUGUAGGUGACAGCAAGCCUGGCCCUUAGUAUCAUCUCUAUGUUGGGGGUCACAGUCGCUUUCUUUGAAUUCCUUAAAGGCAUCGUGGAAAUGCGGCACGUAUAUGACUACUAUGAUCAUUACCAUUAUGACAACAACAUCACAGCAUCUGCCAGAGUUGUAGUUUCUGUCCCCUGGCGUAAACAACAUAUGGUAUGUUAUGUUGUUGUUGUUGUGAUACUGGAUCACUGUUAUCUGGAUAAAUUAUUAUUAUCGCUUAGGUAUUUGGUUCGUAACAAUCUCUUUUAAAAAUGCAUCCAGUAAAUGGAAUAAAGAAAGGAUAAACAUCUGCAGCUUUAAAACGCCCGUAACCUUUCUCAUUCUGUUUAAAUAAAGAGACCUUUCAUUCUCUGCUCUCUCAUCAUCACAGUACCAGUUGAUCAGCCUUGAGGCUGUAUUCAUGUACCAGAGCUUAGUAGGCAUGGUGCUCCUAAUUGUGAUGACAACAUUUGCCAGGGUUGCCCUGCGGUCCAGUAUGACACAGGUAAAGUACUAUGACAUGCUUUUAAAAAACGUAGCUUUAUGUAUUGUGACCUGGGGCUUGUAGACUGUGGUCAAUAUGCCAGUACAACAAAUACAUACCCUACAGAAUCAGACAUAAUCUUAACUGCAAAUAAUGUUAUUACAGUGUAUAUUUAUAUACAGUACAGUGUAUAUAAUGUUUUUUUUUUGUCUAUCUCAUGCAGGAAUGGUAGAUAAACUCUGUCCUUUCUUCUUUAUAGGCAAUUGUGGUAAUUCAAGAUCUACCAUCACCAGAC